UCACUGUCUCUCUCUCCUCCACCACCUCCCCCAAUUGCCCAAAUCAUAUCUGAGAGAGAGAGAGAGAGAGAGAGAGAGAGAGAGAUAAUGGCAGGAGGAGUGUUCGCCGUUGAAGGAAAUGACAGUGGCUUCGCCGGAAGGUUAACAAUGUCAGUGGUGAUCACUUGCAUCGUUGCUGCUUCUGGUGGCUUAAUCUUUGGCUAUGACAUCGGGAUUUCAGGAGGAGUGACAACAAUGGAACCUUUCCUCCGAAAAUUCUUCCCAUCGGUACUAAGGAAGAUGAAAGCUACUGAGAAGAAUCUUUACUGUGUCUUCGACAGUCAAGUUCUCACAUCAUUCACCUCUUCACUGUACAUAGCUGGGUUGGCUGCAUCCCUUGUGGCUAGUCGCCUCACAAGAGCUUUGGGUCGCAGAGCCACUAUGGUUCUAGGGGGUUGCACCUUCUUCAUUGGAGCGGUCAUUAAUGGUGCUGCUGUUAAUAUUGCAAUGCUCAUACUGGGCCGCAUUUUGCUUGGAUUUGGUGUUGGUUUCACUAACCAGGCAACCCCCGUGUAUCUAUCGGAGAUGGCGCCAUCCAAAUGGCGCGGUGCGUUCAGCACAGGCUUCCAGUUCUUCAUUGGCAUAGGUGUGGUCGCAGCUAAUGGAUUAAACUACGGCUCAUCUCGGCUCGAGUGGGGCUGGCGACUCUCACUCGGUGUUGCAGCCUUACCUGCAAUUGUUAUGACACUUGGUGCUCUAGUCAUCUCCGAUACGCCCAGCAGUCUUGUGGAACGUGGCAAGCUGGCAGAGGCUGAACAAUCACUACGACGAGCUCGAGGAGUCAACUCGGACGUAGAAGCAGAGCUGAAUUCUCUCAUCAAGACGACCGAAGUCAUGAAAGCCGCAAAUCAGGAGCCGUUCAAGACAAUAUUUGAGAGGCAAUAUAGGCCCCACCUCGUGAUGUCCGUGGCAAUACCUUUCUUUCAGCAGCUCACAGGGAUUAAUGUGAUAGCGUUUUAUGCGCCGGUCCUCUUCCAAUCAGUCGGCUUCGGAAACGACUCGGCUCUCAUGGCUUCUCUUAUAUUGGGCGUUGUCAACCUCUGCUCGAUUCUCGUGUCGACCGGUUUAGUGGACCGGUAUGGUCGGAGAGCUCUGUUCUUGCAGGGUGGGACCCAGAUGUUCCUCUGCCAGGUGGCUGUGGCUUCUGUUCUAGGGGCUAAGAUAGGAGUCUCUGGGAAGGAAACUUUGUCCAAGGACUAUGCCAUUUUGGUACUGGUGUUUAUGUGCACAUACGCUGCUGGAUUUGGAUGGUCAUGGGGUCCCCUGAGUUGGCUCAUACCAAGUGAGAUAUUUCCUUUGAAAAUCCGGCCGACCGGCCAAAGUAUAAGUGUUGCCGUGAACUUUGCCACAACCUUUGCGCUUGCACAAACCUUCUUGACCAUUCUUUGCCACUUCAAGUAUGGAAUUUUCUUGUUCUAUGCCGGAUGUAUUGUGGUAAUGACCCUCUUUGUUGCUCUUUUCCUUCCUGAGACUAAAGGAGUCCCUCUUGAAUUGAUGCACACAGUAUGGGAGAAUCACUGGUAUUGGCGAAGGUUUGUCAAACGCGAAUCCGCCCCGACGACAUUGCCGAAACAAAUGGAUUGAUUUCUAUAAAUCAAAUUAUAAAUCACAUUCAUGCAGUAAUGGCAGCUCAGUUCAUGUUUUUUUUAUUUUUUUGGAAAUGCUUUUUCUUUACCAUCUAAUUGACAAUGGUGCCUUUUGUACAAGCUCUUUUGAUUUAUGACUAUUGUAAUGUUUAAAGAUCUUGUUGGGAUUUCCUGUAAAA